CAGCUCAGCUCAGCUCCACUUCUUCACUUUUCCCACUCCUGUCAGACUUCACCUGAAUUAGUUCAUCCUGAACUUUCUCCCGAACUUCUUCUUGACUCAGCUCUUCCUCCUCAGUUCUCCUUCAGUGAGGAGGAGAGACUGUGACUCCACCUGGGUACCUCUGCCUGCAGUCACACCUUUAAAACCACUAUUUUUAAAUCCACCUCCUGAUUUUUCCUUAAGCAGACGAGGGUGAAUCAAUUGUUCAGCACGACAGAUUCAAUAACUAGUUUAUUUUCCUUGACCAGACCCCCCAGGACCAGGACCAGGACCAGAAACUGGCUGCAGGAGCCUGCAGCAAUGGUUGCUGGGAGGCAGCAGAGAGGCUCAGAGGCGCCUCUGGACGGGGGAUGGGGCUGGGUGAUCGUCGGCUGCUGCUUCAUGGUGACAGUGUGCACACGAGCAGUGACCAGGUGUGUGUCCAUCUUCUUCGUGGAGUUUCAGGCCCACUUUGGUGCCGACUAUGCAGCGACGGCCUGGGUCCACAGUCUGGUGGACUGCACCACCAUGCUCUGUGCUCCUGUAGGCAGCCUGAUUGGUAACCGUUGGUCCUGCCGGGUGGCUGUGAUGUUCGGUGGACUCCUGUCCUCCUGUGGACUCCUCCUCAGCUCCUUCAGCACCAGGCUGGAGUUCCUCUACCUCAGCAUGGGCGUCCUGACAGGCGUGGGCUUCGCUCUCUGUUACACCCCGGCCAUCGCCAUGGUCGGCUGUUAUUUCCGCCAGCGGAAGGCGUUGGCGUAUGGCAUCGCCAUGUCAGGCAGCGGGAUCGGCACCUUCGUGCUGGCGCCGGUGGUGCAGCUGCUCAUCGAGCUGUACUCCUGGAGGGGGGCGCUGCUCGUCCUCAGCGCCUUCGUCGCCAACCUCGGCGUGUGUGGGGCACUGCUCCGACCAAUCAGACCACAGGAGGACGAGGAGCAGGUGGAGAGAGAGGAAAAGGAGUCCGCAGGUAAUGUCUCAUCACGGAACACCGAGGUUACUGUCAAACCAUCCAAAGAAUCAGAGGACAGUCUUUUACCAUCAGGAAAGUCUCUGUCUUUCCUGAUGGAAUGUGUUUCUUCGCCACCACCGCCUCUACUGUCAGGAGACCCCGCCCCUCAGCUGCAGAGGAGGUGGUUCUUCAGCUCCUGCUUCCUGUCUUUUAAAGAGUACCGCUUCCUGCUGCUGCCGGACUUCCUGGGCAUGGCUAUGUCCUUUCUGUUCCUGGCCACCGGCUGCAGCCUGCCUUUCAUCUACCUGGUGCCCUACGCUCUGAGUGUCGGGGUCUGCCACCAGCACGCCGCCUUCCUCAUGUCCAUCCUGGGAGUCAUCAGCAUCGUGGGGAACAUCACGUUCGGCUGGCUGACGGACAGGAGGUGUUUGAAGCCGUACCGACUGGCGUGUUACAUCUUCUCCGUGGCGAUGGAGGGUCUCUGCUGCCUCUUUGUGCCACUGCUCCAGUCCUUCCCACUGCUCGUGCCCUUCGCCAUCCUCUAUGGUUACUUUGACGGCGCCUAUGUUGCGCUGAUCCCCGUGGUGACGUCGGACCUGGUGGGACCUCAGUACCUGUCCUCUGCGCUGGGCGUGGUCUACUUCCUCCACGCCAUCCCCUACCUCGUCAGCCCCCCAAUCGGAGGCUGGCUGGUCGACGUCACAGGAAGUUACAUGGCCACCUUCUUCCUCAGCAGUGCUGCCAUGGUGCUCAGCUCGCUCGUCCUCUCCAUCAUUAGCAGGAUACGCCGCUGCCAACACCGGGUGUCCGCCGUCACAGAGGACAACAAGCACUAGCCCCUCCCCACAUUCGUGCCCGACCAAUCAGACUACCUCAUGGCCGUCAACAUUGUAGCCUCGAAGGAAACGACCUCCAAAAAUGGAGGCGAUGACGUCAUAGUGAUGUCAUCACGAUCAUCACAAUAAAAACAAACAGCCUCAAGACACGAUCAGCAGAAUAUGUGAUUGAUCAGCAUCAUCAGGAAUCAAUAAUGAAAACCUGCUGUCAAUCACACUUCACAGGAAGUUGAUCCACUUUUGAAAAACAACUUGAUACCGAACAUGAACCCAGCACCUGUAGAUCCAAUCACAAUCACUCACCUGGCCCCAGGUUUACUUCCUGCUUAUGUGGCCGACUGAGCGUGUGCAGUUCCUCUGCUGGCCCCGCCCAUGAGUUCCUGCCCCAUCCACAUACUUUACAUUGUGAUGAUGUCACUCAGGACAACAAGUAUAAGUUUAGCCGCUGUAAUACCACGAGUGUCCACCAGGAGACCUGAGGAUAGAUUCAUAUUCGGAGUCUGUCGUCGAUGUUUUCAACACAUAAACAACACAAUGACAAACUGUGCUCUUAUUUUGAAGUGACAGGAGAAACCACUGACUUCCUGCCAGGAGAAAGUUCUUCAUGUUUUUAUUGUUGUGAAGCUGCUCGGUCACGGGACAGGAUGGUGAAGAGAAGAUGCUAACGAGCUAACAAACAUGAAAAUUAAAAACAAAUGUACAAACUCUGGAGAAACAAAACAUUUAAUCAAUAAGUCAGAAAGUGGAUUUAGUGUGAAGUUGUCCUUUAAAGUGUUAAAGCAUCUGCUGCCCACAGAAACGUGUCGAUGUCAUCAAUAUUAAAACCGAUCAGUCGAAAAUUAAUCUUCAAAGAUUAAACGUUUAAAUUUGUGUUCAACUGUGAGAAUAUUCUGUGUUUAAUGUAAACUGAUUGUUUUGAUAUUGACAGCAGACAAUCGAUUGAUUAUGGAACACAACGAUGUGUACUUGUGCUCCGGAGCACACAGAGCAGGUAUCAGAUGAGUCCAACUUAAUGAGUUACUGACGAAAUUCGUUUUAGAGGUUUGUUGAACGUUUCUCCUCUGACUGCUGUCGAAGAUUAAAAGAUUUUAUUUGCUUGCAACAGAAAACAACUGUUUUUAUCUCUUCUGAGCAGAAAACAGAACUAAUUUCAUUUCUUUUUACAGUGGCUCAAAUCCUGAAGAGAACAGCAGACAUGUUUUAUAUGUUUCACUCACUUUGAUUUGUUUUUUAUUAACAUAACUAACAGCAUGGGGCAUUUAAAGUGGCCCUAACUGUCAUCCAUUGUUCUAUUAAAUGUGUUUGAGAAUAAAAAUAUUUGCAAAAAUAAAAAAGGCAAAAAACAAAAACAAAUACAAUGUGGA